AUGUCGAAAACCAUCUACGUCGGACGCAUACCCUUCGACUACACGGAAGAACAGGUUCGCAGUAUAUUCCAGUCGGCUGGUCCGAUCCAGGAUAUUCGCUUUGUGUUUGAUAAAGAAACCGGGAAAUCAAAAGGGUUUGCCUUUGUAGAGUAUUUCGAUGCUGAAGCGGCAGCGUCUGCAGUCCGCAAUUUAGACAACCAUAAGGUGGGCAAUAUGAAGCUUAAAGUAGAUUUUUCCAACGAGGGUGGAUCCGCAGCUCGGCCGGGACAGUCUGCAUUCGAGUAUAUCGCUAUGUUUGUGAACGAAAUGAGCCCUGAUGAGAAGCGUCAACUAAUCACGGAUUUCAAAGGGUUUACGGUCAAUUCUCGGACCCAAGCCCUUGAAUUACUGCAGCAGAGCCCGCAAAUCGCAUAUGCUUUGGUGCAAGCGAUGAUUGAAACCGGCAAGAUCGAUCAAAAGAUUGCUGAUACGUUGUUACCGGCUGGACCGCAACAACAAAGCAAAGAACGAGGAGGAAGAGGCCGUCCAAAGAAACAAAACAAACCAGCAGCACGUACUAAUUCUUCACGUCAAAACACUCCUCAGCCACCGGUUCCUGUUGCUCCUGCAGCCCCUGCCGCCGCUGCUCCUCCUUCAGAGGCAAUGGAAACCGCAGCGUCGCACCCAACACCGCAAAACCCCGAAGAAACUGCAAUGAUUCGCCAGGUCAUGGCUUUAACAGAUUCACAAGUUGCUGGUCUGCCUCCAGAUCAACGGCAGAUGGUGCUCGAUAUUAAAGCCAAGGUUCAGCGCGGAGAUAUUCGUCUAUAG